CACAACUACUGUUUAUACCAAUUUGCUAUCCGCAGCGGAGAUCGAAAAAAGACCAGUGUCGUUUCUUAUCUCCACAAAACAACUUCAUUUUUUACUCGCUGUAUUAUGUCAGACUCCUCGAAUCCGCCCGUUCCGACACGCAAAGAGCGCAAGCUAUGCCACAGCAAGCGUGACGAGUACCUGGCAUGCCUUGAUCAGCACAAGAUCGGGGAUCCGGCGACAGCCGGCACCCUAUGCCAAGAGCUGCGCGAAGCAAUGUUCAAGCGCUGCCCGGACUCAUGGGCCAACUACUUUGAGCAACUGCGCGCAAUGGAGAAGCAAAAGGAGGCCGCGUACGAGCAAGCGAGCAGGCUGCGCAAAGUGAAAUAGAAUUUUGGGUAUAUUGAAUGAAAGCAUUUUUAGUUGUGGUUGGAGCGCGAGACCAGGCCGCGGAUCUCAAUGUCGAGCUCGGGCAAUGGGCGCUCGGCAUCGGCGCUGGGCUCGGGCAAGUAGCCGGCCUUGACCAAGUAGGCGAUGUAGAGGCCAAACAGGUGGCUCAUC